UUUGCCCGAUUACGCCAUUUCAAUACCAGUCCCAAUACCAAAAUCCAAAAACCAGUGGGCAAAGGAAAAUAAUUCUCAGCUCAGGAAGACCAACAAGGGCAACAAGUGCUCGAACGGAACCCACGAGAAUAAGAAGUGCGCAUCGAAGAAAAAAAAAAAAUAACCCACAAGUGCGAUAAGAUAGAAAUUUUGUGUAUUUUGUAAUCCAACAUUUAAUACGAAUCAAUAAAAAAAAUAAAUCGUGACAGUGUCAGAAUCAUUAAAUAGUUUUUUCUUCAUUCUCAAGAUUUACGCAGUUUUAUGAUAAACUCCCCCAGCAAGAUGACAGACCUCAACGAUGCCAUGUCCUCGCCAUAUUUCCGAGUUAAGCUAAUUGCUCUGGUGCACUUUGUAUUCCUAUCAAAUGCCAUGCUCGGAACCUGGAGCCACAGUGGCUUCCUGUUCUACAACAUCCUCUUUAUGGUAUCACUAUUUUGGACUCUACACUGCAAGGAAUCCAAAGAGGCCAUCGAAACGGCUCUCGUGAUAGACGCUUGUAGCAUUAUCCUUGAUUUAAUAAGCCUCGUAGUUUUUUUCCAUUAUAUGAAUGGCUGGGCAGUUGUUUUCACCAUCAUAAAUAUGAUCAUUCGACCAUUGACUGUGAUGCUCUUGUAUCGUGAAUACACAAAUCGCGGAGGUGCUGCAAUUCCAACUUCGUCGGUUUUUCCCACAAGCCAGCAGAGAAGCUACCAAGAUAUUGAUCGGACGACUCAACCAGUUCCUUCGAACAAUACACAGCCAGGGCAAAAUGUAGCUGUUAUUUUCUAAACAAAACAAAACAACCGUUUUUAUUUUAUUUUGUUUCUAGCUAACUAGUCGUUACUUAAUCUCUUUUGUUUUUCUAUUUUCUAUUAACAUUAAAACUAUUAUUAUUUUAUAUUUAUAUAUUACCUUAAAAAAAAAAAACAACAACAAGAAAAAAGAGCAAAACGUUAUUUGUUAACGAGUGAUUUUUUGUAAGCUAAUAUUUUUUAAAUUAAUACAUAAAUAUAUAUAAAAAAAAAACUUAGCAUUGGGAUGGGUAGCCAAAAAAUAAUGUUUAAAUAUAUUGUUCGGCUGUUAGUUGAAAAUCUCGAAAAUAAAGUCUAAACUUAUCUUAGUAAAAAAAAAACA